AUGGCAAAGAGUGCAGCAACUUGUCCAACACGUUUGGGCACGAUGGAGCAAGGAGUAUUUGGGGCAACUACAAGAACGAAACAAGUGGUCCAAAUGCAGAGGACCAUCCAACCUGGGACGAUGGUGUUAAUAAAGGAGAAUAACUUACCUCCUUUAAAGUGGUUAUUAGGCAGAGUCACAAAUGUUCACCCAGGACCUGAUGGUGUCAUAAGGGUAGCUACGGUGCAUACGAAUUUGGGAUCAAAAAAGCGAGCUGUUCGGUUAUUAUGUCCAUUACCCAUAGACACAUGA